AUGCCGCAAGUUGCAGAAUAUUUAGCCUGCAGAAGGCCAGAGGGAGAAGAAGAGCAGCAGAAGAGCAGUGGCAGGGAGGCAGUCUCGAGUUCGCUGGGAUUAAGGGAGAAGACGCAGUUUCCACUAUCUGCUGUCGCAGCAACUCCCCGUGUGAGAAUUGCAGCCUCGAGGUGCGCUUGCAAGGCGGGAGCGGUGGGGGACGGGGGAGUUGAUUUGCAAAACACGAUCUCUGAGGAUUUCCAACGAGAAGAACAAGAGCAACAAGAAAAGCAACAAUAGCAACAAGAAUUACAGCAACAACAGCAACAACGAAAACAAGAAUAACAGCAACAGCAACAAGAAGAAUACCAGCGGUGUCUGUACAGCUUCUGCUUGAGCCCCCCAGUCGCUGCUGCUGCAGCAACAGCAGCAGCAACAGCAGCAACAGCAGCAGCAACAGCAGCAGCAGCAACCUCAGCAACAGCAGCAACCUCAGCAACAGCAGCAACAACAUCAACAGAAGCAAGAGCAGCAACAACAGGGAUCCCCCAAGAGCAGCAGCUACACCGCAAGCGGAGCUCCACUGCGCGGAUUACUCACGCAGUCUUGGCAGCCGCAGCAACUCGAGGAGCAUCGAACUUCUCAGCCUUAAGAGACAUCGGGCAGAUGUCGCUAGCUGCAGCUGCAGCUGCAGCAACUGAACCCAGCGAGUGGUUUCACAUGCGUUCUGAUGGCAGCUGUAGCAACACUGAUGUGCAGCAGAGAAGUGCUGCCUUAGCCGCAUACGCAGGAAGCCUCAUUGAGGCUGCUGCAAAAGAGGCUUCUCGCCCAGUAGCCUGGACUCAUUUGGAUAUGGCAGCAGCAGCAGAAUUAUCAUCAUCGGCAGCAGCAGCAAAAUCAUCAUCAUCAGCAGCAGCAGCAGCGGCCCUUCCGGAUGAGGCUGUGCAUGCAGCUUUUGAUGGUUCUGCCGCAGCCUCGCGGCUGUUUCCUUCGAUAGCAGCAAACUCAGCAGCGUCGCUCGAAGCUCCUCAAGCAGCAGCAGCAGCACGACUGGCAAAAGCCAGUGCAGCAGCCAUGGAGACUGCAGCAGAGACAUCGCCAGCUGCUGCUGCCCAGCCUUUGAAGGUGUCUUCUCUGCCGAAGAGGCGCAUCGCUCGCGUGUGGCACUUCGCGGUUCUGCUUGUGCAGCUGUGUGGCAGAGUGUCGUGGCAUGCUCUGCUGCAGAAAGCAAAAUUUCGCCUUCGAUUGAACAGGAGAAGCAAAGCCGCAGCAGUCGCUGCGGCUGCAGCCGAUGGGCAGCAGCCGGAGCUGUCGGAUCACGCUGCAACAGCUGCGCGCAUGCUGCAUGCGUUGCAGCAGGAGCAGCAGCAAGCGCAGCAGCAGCAGCAACAUGCCGGAGAACGUCAUCACGUCCAGCUGCAGCAGCUGCCACAGACACCUUUGCAGCAGCAAGGAGUUAUCGAUGGCGUAACAGCACAGCUCUUCGCCGAUAAGAUAUGCCGAAUGCGAGGGGCAGCGCUCAAGUGCCUCCAGAUGCUCAGCAUGGCGGAAGAUUUGUUGCCUCCAGCACUUGUCGAGGCAUUGCGACGUACUCGAGACGCAGCAGACGCGAUGCCUUUUGGGGAAGCAGAAAAGGUUUUGCGAAGAGAGCUGGGAAAGGACUGGCGACGGCACUUUCAGUCCUUCGAUCUUCAACCGUUCGCAGCCGCAAGUAUUGGACAGGUUCCACUUGCCACGGCUGCAAAAACGGCUUCACAGAGGGACAGAAACACCAUGGGGAGACUUUUGCUGCGGCUAGUGCUCCGAGAGAUCUUCAUUUACCGUCUGAUCAACACGGAUGCAAACCCCUCCAACUUCUUGUGGGAUACUAAUGCGCAGCGUCUCUGGCUGCUCGACUUUGGAGCUGGACGGUCGUACUCGUCUGAAUUCGUCGAAACUUACAGACAGCUUCUUUUGGCAGUGCUUGAGGAUGUGAGGAGCUCGAGAUGACGCCAAUCCUCUUACGCGUUGGAUUUCGCAGAGUUCAAUGUCUUGAAGGAACUGCAGCAGCAAAUGGGAAAAGCCAUGAAAACGCGGAAACAGGCCCCUCCUCCUGAGGUGUAUUCGCUGCACCGCAAGCUUGUGGGCUGCUACCUCCUCAACAAUCUGCUGAUGUCUCGAGUUGACGCGCACGCAGUGAGUUGGACAGCACAAAGGCGCAUGGGGUGUAGCGGAUGUGCCCAGUCUACUGAAAGCUUUACUGGCUAUACAUGCGUCUUCCUGCUGGAAACACUGAACGUGACACCAGCGCAGCGCGUUGUGUUUAUAUUGGGGGCUUUGCCUGCUUCAGUUAUUUCAAGAGAUAUGCAGUGA